CAGCUGAGUGCUUAACCACUGUGCCACCAGGUCUCCUUUUUGGUAUAUAAAAUAACAUUCACAGGUUCUGGGUAUUAGGGUGGACACAUCUUUGGGGGGCCAUUAUUCUGUCUACUACAGCCUCUAUACAAAUUGAAGAUGCUGGCUUAUUUUUAGUAAUAGGGAUGUUUUCUGAAGCAGUAAGAAUUGCUCUUUCUGAAUUAAUAGAAAUGAUAUAAAAGUGGUUCAGUGGUCAGUGACUGUAUAGCAUGUGGUAAAGGUCAUAAAGCAGGACUGCCUGAGUUUGAAUCUUGGCUCUGACACCUAUUAUAUGUGUGACAAGUCAUCUGUUUUUCCUGAUCUAUAAAAUAGAGAUACUAGUAACCCACCUCUUAGGGUUUAUCUGAGGAUUGAAUGAGGUAAUACUUGUGAAGCACUUGGAACACCACAUCGAAAGUGCUUAAGAAAUGAGACCACUUUACUUGAAACAUUUUUAAAGUGUUUUUCAUUUGAAAUUUCAGAGACAUAUGCAGAUUAAAUCUAUACAUACAGACUAAAAUCUGCAUCUAUUCUGAGUUGUUACAGUUUUUUUGUUGUUUAACAUUUUGAAUACUCGGGAAAACGUGCGCAUUAGUCAAUAAAAACAAGGUACAAGCUGAAUGAGUAUUUCCUUAGUUUAUAAUUAAUGAAUUGCUUGUAUUCUUUUAGAGAAAAAUUUUUUUAAAAAAUUACAAGUGCAUUAUAGAAUCUACAGAGAAGCAAAAUGCAAAGCAAAAAUGAGACAACAGAAAUUACCCGUAAUUCCGUUGAAGAUAGUAAUCAUUUACAUUUUUAAUGAACAUCGUUCUAGGGCAGCCCUUCUCAACCUGGAGCAGUUUUGCCUUCCAGGGGACAUUUGGCAGUAUCUAAAGACUGUCACAACGGACGAGUGGUGUUACUGGCAUCUAAUGGGUAGAGGCCAGGGAUGCUGCUAAACAUCCUACAGUGCAUAGGACAGCCCUCCCACAACAAAGAAUUAUCUGACCCAAAACCUUAGUGGUGCUGAGGUUGAGAAAUGUAUUCUAGGGAAUGAACUCAUUGACAAAUGUAUUACGUGCUUAGUCCAAUUCUCAGUCUUCUAUUUGAAUUAUGGAUCACUUACCUCUUGAUAAGUGGGUUACAUAAAGUCCGGAUACAAAAGACCAAGUUUGAUUUUGGUAACUCAUUUUGGCUUUUGAGAAAUGUUAGUUAUUUUAGAGAUUGGUAUGACAGAACAGUUUGAUGGGAUUUCCAAAACAGGUUUCACAUUGAAAUAUCUGCAUGAUUUUAGAUGAUGAAGUUGAGGUCCUGUAAAAGAUAGUACCAUGAGGUGGCUUUUGACAGACACAACACAUUUUCUUAUGCCUUCAUUAUUUGGUUGGAAAUGAAAAAUGAGUAAAAAAAACAACUGAUUUCCUUUUGUUUUUUUCUUAAAGUUACUUAGUGAUGCCACAGAUACAGAAUAACAUUCUAAUGUAAAUUGGUUUUGUGUUUAGCAUGGGUUUUUUAUUAGUCUAUGAAUGAUACAAAAAAGGAAGUCAUUUUAUUAGAGUUCCAGAUUCUUCUUAUCUUGUGUUAUGUUCGACAGUGAGAUUGUUGUGACAGUUUCUCUUUAACCCCAUUAGUAGUGACUGUAGGUUUUAUACACCGAAACAAAAGACAGAGCUUCAUUUCAUAAUAUCCCCACUGUUUUGGAAAAUAUGAAUCAUGAUAUGUUGUCAAUAGUUUAUGUAUGCGUGUAGAAUUAUUAUUAAAUUCAUGGUAAUAAGCUUCAUAUUAAACAUGGUUAUGUAAAUGUUUAAAGUUUCCUGGAAAAAAUUUCUUGUAGUCAGCCUGUGACUCUUUUGGGUGAUGUGUUUAUACUCUGUAUUUCCAGCCCUGGAUAAAAUGUCUUCUAUUCUUCUAAUUUUUUUUUUCUCUGAUGAAAAGAGUACUUGCUAAAGUAAUAAUAAAAAAAAAAAAUCACUUGCUGAACUUUUGAAAAAGUUGGGGCAAAUGUCAUUUUGUUUUGUUUUCCUGCUAGUGACCUGACUGCGUGCUGCUGGUUUGGUUUUGUGUUGGAUGUGUAAAUAAUCACACUGCAGAUAUUUUCUAAUCCUUGUCCGUGAGCUCUUUGUUAGGAAGGAAAAGGCAAAUCUGUAGUCAGUUCUAAAUGCCAUUGCUAACAAACAGCAUGUGACUUUUCAAUAUUAGUUAUUUGAUUAUAUUAACAUAUAUUUAAAUUGUUAAUCUAAUCGUGUGGUGCCUUACUGUAAUGUUCCUUUCUGUUUAAGAUUGAUUUGCUUAUUGAUGAUAUACCAGGCACUGUGGAUACAGAGAUGAACUCAUCCCAUUUCUCAACAUAAACUUCCGGUCUUUCCAUUCUCCGGCAGCUAAGCUGUUUUUAUUUCCCCGAAUUAGUGAAUGUAGUGUGCUUUCAUUAAAUGCUUAUAAUUGGUUUCGCAAUAUAUCAAGAAGUGCCCUUCCAAUAAUCUAGAUCGUAUGAAAGUUGUGAUAUUAAGAAGCUAAAAAUGUUCUUAACUGAAGUUCCUUUGGGUACUGGUUUACUCUAGGUCUUUGGGAAGGAGCUUCUUUUGCUUCCACUGUAGGUGGCCACUGUGAGUCGGAAUUGACUCGGUACACCGCAGUAACAACAUAGGUUAGGACUUGUUUUCUAAGCUUGGAAAUAGCUGAGAUGUUGCUGUAUCCUCUUCCUGUUCCUGCAUCCCCUAGCUCUCAACCCUGUAUGUUUUCCUUUGUCAUCCAGGGUACUUGUCCCUUUCUGUCAGCAGGGACUCUGUCUUGAUCACCUUUUUUAUCUCUAAUACCUAGGAGUUGAGAUAACCAUAGCACUCAGAAUGAGAUGAAUAAAUGAAUCUUAUCAAGCACAUUUCUGAACCUCAUCUCCAGCACUUUCCAUUUAUUGACUUUCUCUCCAGUAAUAAUGUAUGCUCACAUUGCAGGGAUCUGGUCUGAGUUUUCAUCCUGUAACUUCAGCCCCCAAGCCCAAGCCCGUUGUCAAGUGGAUUCCGACUCAUAACGACCCUAUAGGACACGGUAGAACUGCCCCGUAGGGUUUCCAAGGAGCAGCUGGUAGAUUAGCAGCAGCAGAAUGGGAAGGAAGGAAGAGUUGGCGUGAACCUCGGCCCAACCUUGUCUCAGCCUACAGAGGGCAAUUAACAGACAGCAGCUGGUAUCCAGAGUCGAUAUUUGGAAAAAAAGAAGUAAAAUGAAAAUCUCCCUUGAUCCUGUCACCCAGAGAUCGUUACAUUUGAUCAUUAAGUAUGAGUCAUAUUCUGAAGAGGUUUUUGAGGGAGGCCCGAUGAGAGAAAGGGAAAAUUAAGGAUGCUGGAGCAGAACAAUGGAUUUCUCUUUCUCUUUCAUGCAAGGGAUCAUGGGAAACACAAUUCAGCAACCACCUCAACUCAUUGACUCCGCUAACAUCCGUCAGGAGGAUGCCUUUGAUAACAACAGUGACAUUGUUGAAGAUGGUGGCCAGACACAGUAUGAAGCUACCUUGCAGCAAGGCUUUCAGUACCAACCUACAACAGAAGAUCUUCCUCCACUCACAAAUGGCUAUCCAUCAUCAAUCAGCAUGUAUGAAACUCAAACCAAAUACCAGCCGUAUAAUCAGUACCCCAAUGGGUCAGCUAAUGGCUUUGGUGCAGUUAGAAACUUUAGCCCCACUGACUAUUACCACACAGAAGUUCCGAACACAAGACCACAUGAAAUUCUGGAAAAACCUUCCCCUCCACAGCCACCACCUCCUCCUUCGGUACCACAAACUGUGAUUCCAAAGAAGACUGGCUCACCUGAGAUUAAACUAAAAAUAACCAAAACUAUCCAGAAUGGCAGGGAAUUGUUUGAGUCUUCUCUUUGUGGAGACCUCUUAAAUGAAGUACAGGCAAGUGAGCACACAAAGUCAAAGCAUGAAAGCAGGAAAGAAAAGAGGAAAAAAAGUAACAAGCAUGACUCAUCUAGAUCUGAAGAGCGCAAGUCACACAAAAUCCCCAAAUUAGAACCAGAGGAACAAAAUAGACCAAAUGAGAGAGUUGACAUUGUAUCAGAAAAACCAAGAGAAGAUCCAGUACCAAAAGAGGAAACCCUGGUUCAGCCAAUGUUAUCUCCCGUUCCAACAACAGAAGUAUCCACUGGUGUUAAAUUCCAGGUUGGCGAUCUUGUUUGGUCUAAGGUGGGAACCUAUCCUUGGUGGCCUUGUAUGGUUUCAAGUGAUCCCCAGCUUGAGGUUCAUACCAAAAUUAACACAAGAGGUGCCCGAGAAUACCACGUACAGUUUUUUAGCAACCAGCCGGAGAGGGCAUGGGUUCAUGAAAAGCGGGUACGGGAGUAUAAGGGUCAUAAGCAGUACGAAGAAUUACUGGCCGAGGCAACCAAACAAGCCAGCAAUCACUCAGAGAAACAAAAGAUUCGGAAACCCCGACCUCAGAGGGAACGUGCUCAAUGGGAUAUUGGCAUUGCCCACGCAGAGAAAGCAUUGAAAAUGACUCGAGAAGAAAGAAUAGAACAGUAUACGUUUAUCUAUAUUGAUAAACAGCCUGAGGAGGCUUUAUCUCAAGCUAAAAAGAAUGUUGCCUCCAAAGCCGAAGUUAAAAAAACCCGGAGACCAAGAUCCGUGCCGAACACUCAGCCAGAACAGACCAAUACAGGGGAGGCAGUUUCCUCCCCAUCAAGUACUGAAAUGCGGAGACACAGCCAGAGGCGGCACACAAGUGUGGAAGAGGAAGAACCACCUCCUGUUAAAAUAGCGUGGAAAACAGCAGCAGCAAGGAAAUCCUUACCAGCUUCCAUUACAAUGCACAAAGGGAGCUUGGAUCUGCAGAAGUGUAACAUGUCUCCUGUUGUGAAAAUUGAACAAGUGUUUGCUCUUCAGAAUGCCACAGGAGAUGGGAAAUUUAUCGAUCAGUUUGUUUAUUCAACAAAGGGAAUUGGUAACAAAACGGAAAUAAGUGUCAGGGGACAAGACAGGCUUAUAAUUUCUACACCAUACCAGAGGAAUGAAAAGGCAACUCAGAGUAUGUCAUCUCCUGAAGCAGCGUCUGGUCCUACAGGCUCAGUAGAAAAGAAGCAACAGAGAAGAUCAAUUAGAACUCGUUCGGAAUCAGAGAAAUCCACUGAGGUUGUGCCAAAGAAGAAGAUCAAAAAGGAGCAGGUUGAAAGCGUUCCUCAGGCUACAGUGAAGACUGGAUUACAGAAAGGUGCCAGCGAGAUUUCAGAUUCCUGUAAACCUCUAAAGAAAAGGAGUCGCGCCUCAACUGAUGUAGAAAUGACUAGUUCAGCAUACAGAGACACAUCUGACUCCGAUUCUAGAGGACUGAGUGAUCUGCAGGUAAGCUUUGGAAAGCAAGUAGAUAGCCCUUCAGCUACCGCAGAUGCAGAUAUUUCUGACGUGCAGUCCGUGGAUUCAAGUUUGUCAAGAAGAAGCUUUGGAAUGAAUAAGAAGGACACUGUGUGUCAGAUCUGUGAAAGCUCUGGUGAUUCUCUGAUUCCUUGUGAGGGAGAGUGCUGCAAACACUUUCACCUGGAGUGCCUGGGACUAACAUUACUCCCUGAUGGAAAGUUCAUCUGCAUGGAAUGUCAAACUGGGCAGCACCCAUGUUUUUCAUGUAAAGUGUCUGGCACAGAUGUGAAGCGUUGUUCUGUUGGUGCCUGUGGGAAAUUUUAUCAUGAAACCUGUGUCCGCAAAUUCCCCACUGCCAUCUUUGAGUCAAAAGGAUUCCGCUGUCCCCAGCACUGCUGCUCUGCCUGCUCCGUGGAGAAAGAUAUCUACAAAGCAAGUAAAGGUCGCAUGAUGAGAUGUCUAAGAUGUCCAGUAGCCUAUCACUCAGGAGAUGCUUGCAUUGCUGCCGGAAGCAUAUUUGUGUCCUCCUACAUUCUCAUCUGUAGUAAUCACUCUAAACGGAGCAGUAAUUCUUCCUCUGCUGUAAAUGUAGGCUUUUGUUUCGUUUGUGCAAGAGGGCUGAUAGUUCAGGACCAUUCAGACCCCAUGUUCAGUUCAUAUGCCUAUAAGUCCCACUACCUACUGAAUGAAUCAAAUCGUGCUGAGUUGAUGAAAUUACCUAUGAUUCCUUCUUCGUCAGCUUCCAAAAAGAAAUGUGAGAAAGGUGGAAGAUUGCUAUGCUGUGAAUCGUGCCCAGCUUCCUUCCACCCGGAGUGCCUGAGCAUAGACAUGCCAGAAGGCUGCUGGAAUUGUGAUGACUGUAAAGCUGGCAAGAAGCUACAUUACAAGCAGAUUGUUUGGGUCAAAUUGGGAAAUUACAGAUGGUGGCCAGCAGAGACCUGCAACCCCAGGUCUGUGCCACUGAACAUCCAGGGCCUUAAACAUGACUUGGGGGACUUCCCUGUGUUCUUCUUUGGUUCUCAUGACUACUAUUGGGUACACCAGGGCAGAGUGUUCCCUUAUGUUGAAGGAGACAAAAGCUUUGCUGAGGGACAGACUAGUAUUAACAAGACAUUCAAAAAAGCACUGGAAGAAGCUGCAAAACGUUUCCAGGAGUUGAAAGCACAAAGAGAAAGUAAAGAAGCACUAGAGAUUGAAAAAAAUUCAAGAAAACCCCCUCCUUACAAACACAUCAAAGCUAACAAAGUCGUAGGAAAGGUGCAGAUCCAGGUUGCUGACCUGUCAGAGAUUCCCCGCUGCAACUGCAAACCAGCCGAUGAAAACCCCUGUGGCCUGGAAUCUGAGUGCCUGAACAGAAUGCUGCAGUACGAGUGCCACCCACAGGUGUGCCCUGCCGGGGAUCGUUGCCAGAACCAGUGCUUUACCAAGAGGCUCUACCCCGAUGCAGAGAUCAUCAAAACAGAGCAAAGAGGCUGGGGCCUCAGGACCAAAAGGAGCAUUAAGAAGGGUGAAUUUGUAAAUGAGUAUGUUGGUGAAUUAAUUGAUGAAGAAGAAUGCAGAUUGCGAAUCAAACGAGCCCACGAGAACAGCGUAACUAAUUUUUAUAUGUUAACUGUUACCAAGGACCGUAUAAUUGAUGCUGGCCCAAAAGGAAAUUAUUCUCGCUUUAUGAACCACAGUUGUAAUCCAAACUGUGAGACACAAAAGUGGACAGUGAAUGGAGAUGUUCGAGUUGGACUUUUUGCUCUUUGUGAUAUUCCUGCAGGGAUGGAAUUAACAUUUAAUUAUAACUUGGACUGUCUGGGCAAUGGCAGAACAGAGUGCCACUGUGGGGCGGCUAACUGCAGCGGCUUCCUAGGAGUUCGGCCCAAGUCGGCGUGUGCAUCAACAACUGAAGAGAAGGCAAGAAACGCUAAGUUAAAGCAGAAGAGGCGAAAAAUCAAAACAGAACCAAAGCAGAUGCAUGAAGAUUACUGUUUCCAGUGUGGAGAUGGUGGAGAGCUGGUCAUGUGUGACAAAAAAGACUGUCCCAAAGCAUACCACCUCAUAUGCCUUAACCUGACUCAGCCUCCCUAUGGAAAGUGGGAAUGCCCGUGGCAUCAGUGUGAUGAAUGCAGCAGUUCAGCGGCUUCAUUCUGUGAGUUCUGUCCACAUUCAUUCUGUAAAGAUCAUGAAGAAGGAGCUCUGGUUCCCUCUGCACUGGAAGGCCGUCUCUGCUGCUCUGAACACGACCCCAUCUGUCCUGUGUCACCAGAAUACUGGAGCAAGAUCAAAUGUAAAUUGGAAUCACAAGAUCAUGGAGAAGAAGUAAAGGAGUAAAUGGGUGGUGAUUUCCUUUUCCCUUUUUUUUCCCCCUCCUUUUCUUGUUUAAAAGAAAAAAGUAGACAAUGCAGCUGACAAAGAAGAAACCGCUACAGUGCAGACAGCCUUUGCCAUCUGAACUGCCUUGUCAGAGUGAAAAUGGGAAAGCGGUUCCUGCGGGCAGACGCAGUUGGUGGGGUCUGGCCGGUUUUGUUUUGUCGGUUUGGGGAUUCUUUUGUGGAGGGUUAAAUACUCUUUGUCUUUUUCUUGCCCUUUAUCAUGUUCUUCAAUGCCUUUGCAGCUGGAAAAAGAGAUGUCUUCACAUUUAAGAGAAGAACAAAGAGAAAAGAAAAUUUUGUUGACAAGAUAAAUUUAAGGUUUAAGAUGUGUUCCUUGGGUGUAUAAAACAAAAGUAGCCAUCAUUCCUUUAUUUAUUUUCAUUUCUAGGAAUUUUGAGAAGUGUAGUUCAAAUAGUCUAAUCAGUGUGUGUGUGUGUGUGUGCGUGUGUGUGUGUUUUGUGUAGGAUUGGAGAAAGCCCUCUAGAAAAGGGUAUGAUGAUCUUUAAAUACCUCUUUACUGAGCAGUAGGCUGGCUAACUUCUUUUUCCAUUCAAAAUGUUCUUUCAUAGUCUUAGAGAAGGGUUCUAUGAAGUAUUGGAUCUGGCCUCCUGAAAACAAAAUGCCUCAGUGGGAUUUUCCUCUGUGAUCUUAGACUAGAUGGGCUUUGUAAUUUAAUAACUGUACCUGAAAAGGUAUAUAAUGUGGUUUUUAGUUGGUUUUUUGUUUCGGAGGAAAAAGGAAUGGAUGUACUCACUGGUUUUGAAAUGUUUUCCAUUAACGGUGGGUCUUUUUGAUGACAUGCAUUUACACGGGUACGAAUGUACAGCUAGAAUGGUCAUUCCUGUCUUCCUGACAUACUGAUGCAGGCAGCUAAAGGGACAUGAAAGGCACACACCAAAAGUGGGACCAGAUAAGCACCAUUUUCUGUCCAAUUUCAUGUAGACCCUGGUCUGACUUGGGGAGAAUCAUGGGCAUUUUAUUUUCUGUCUCUGCUUCCCUCUCCUAAUCAAACAUUCCUUUUGUCAAGUGACCAUUCAAUCAUGUUUCCUGGUGAAAACUACACAAAUGAAUUUGAAUAGUUCUUUUUGGCUGAAUUCCUAGUUUUGGGGGUGAAAUGGAUAGGGACAUCCCCAAGUUGUACAUAAACAAUUUCUAUGUAGUAUUAUCCAAUACUUAAAAUUGCCCCCAUUGAGUAAGGGGAAGCACUUCUACAGGGUAUAUAAGAGCCACACAAACACUUCAUCUUAGGAAGCACUUGGGGAAAAACUCCCAAGAAAGUCAGUGUUAGCCAAGAUGGUUGUCUGUGAUGCAUGAAUCUUACAGAUGCAAGUAUGUCAAGAUGUCUGCCCACAGAACUCACUUGCUUUUAAUACAUAGGAAUAUGUAUAUUCUGGUAUUCCCCAUAUGAAAUAAUUAGUUUUGUCAGACAAUGUUGUAAGACUGUACUAAGUAGAGUUCUCGGGUUAGGACGAAUGAACAUUCACUUUCUCUGUGAAUUUUGACUGCUGACAGUUGCUGGUACCUGGUAGUGUUUCUUUUCCCUCAAGUCGUACCUAGUAACCUUAAGAAGGUAGGAAGGGUAGAUGACCCUACUGUAUUCCUUCUGCUGUGCCAGUGUGUUCCUUUUUCUUAUCAAUUUAGAGCUCCUCUCUGGAAAAAAUCUGUUUUGUGCCUCUUUUUUUUUUUUUUGGUAUGUAAAUGUGCAGUUGUGCUGGAUUUUCUCUUUUAAGAAAACACUACGAUUCCUUUACUUAAGCUCCUAAACUGCCAUUUGCCUAAUUCCAGCAAUAACUCUGAGGUGACUUACUGGACCUCAAGUAAUUCUGUUGAUUAGAUAUGGUCCCAGAAGAAAGAGCAAAAUGGAAAAUGCUAUACAUGUUACCAAAUAAUAAUUGCUACAAGUAACAUGAAAUACAGCUCACCAAAACACUAAUCUUUGCUUUUGAGCGAUUAUACAGUUUGAUGUCCUUUUAAAAAAAUAAUUUAAGAAAAUGUAGCUUUUAUCCUACUACAAUUUUAUUUUAUAUAUGUAUAUGGUAAAUGUUUGCUUUUAUAAACUUACUAACUUGAAGGAUUUCCUUUCAUAUUCCAAAUGCAACUCUUGUUGAAACAGGACCCAACAUGAAAUCUUAUCUCCUUGCUUUAUUUUGGACUUAGUACUAUUUAAUAUCUGAUAAAUUUUAUAUAGUAAGCCAGGGUAUAUUCUGUAUACUGCAGAUACCUUAGGUUUAAGUAUUUUUAUGCAGCUUCUUCAUUGUGUCACAUUUUGUUUUUAUAUCUAUAACAUAGUUCUGCUGAGAUUUUUUUUUACUUUUUUGCUAUGCCAUUUUAGUAAUCCGGGUAGAAAACAAAAUAGCUAACCAUAGCUCUGCAGUCUCUGUCCGUGAGUGUUCUUUGUGAUGAUACCCGUGCCAAGGCGCUCUCCUCACACCUCCGUAGAGUCACUGUUGACCUGUUUGGAUUCUUUUGCAAUUGCACGGUAUGGAAGCAGCAGGAGAGCAAGUUGUGCUUUUUGUGUGCCUGUGUGACACCAAUGGAACGUUCCGAAAGACGUGUUGCUCCCUCGUCUUCGGAAGUUAGUACUUGUUAACUUUUAACUCUGUAUGUGGUCAGAGCAUAAGUGGUUGGUUUUUAGUCUUGUCCAAAAUGAAAUGAAUAAUUUAAAGUAACAUGGGAUAAUGGUGGGGUUUUUUUGUCUUUUUUUUAACGUCAUGUUAAUUCUGUGAAGGAAGAAGUGAAUUUAAGAUUCAGUAAUUGGAUCGGUAGCAGCUAACGAUGGAAUCCUGAGAAACUUGCACAGGGCCUUGUGCAGUGGAGGGUAGGGCGGGCCAGGCCAGAGAAGGGAGUCAGGGCGCCGCCUGCAGCUGGCUGCGAAGGGUGGGCUGGGCCUAUUCCUGCAGUGCUGAAGCAGCUGGAGGCAGGGAUUCACUUCAUUAAUAUCCAGUCAGGGCUAGAGUUAGGAAUGAAGUGAGUUUUAUUUUCGUUUUUGUUUCACCAAAUUCCCACUCUUUAUCUUAAUUCUCAAAAUUGAUCAGGACUAACUAUAGAAAGGAGCAAUAGAAAAGGAGCGCUGGUGGUGCAGUGGUUAAAGCACUCAGUUGCCAACCAAAAGGUUGGCAACCAGCCACUGCUUGGGAGAAAGAUGUGGUAGUCUGCUUCUGUAAAGAUUUACAGCCUCGG